CUAUGUACGCGACGUGAAACAGGUGACCGCCUUGUCUUACCCAAGAGUUGUUGCGUCGACAGUGCCAAGGUCGUCUGAUAUGAAGACCGCCGUGGUGUUUGUGCUGGCCGCCGGCCUUGUGGCGGUGGCGAUGAGUGCUGGAGGCCGGGCUUCGCGCCGUCAAGAAUUCACCAGAUGGAGGGAGUGCAUGACUGGAAAGCUGCCGACUGACAAAGCACAGGAGUACGAAAACUGCCGCAACCACUCCCGUGGCACUGAGAUGCGCAAGUUCAGACAGGGUCUGGAGUGCGUUCUGAAAAGCUACAACCUCGUUCAAAGGAACGAUGUCGAUUUGCACCGCAUGAGUGAGCUGGCUCAGAAUGUCACAAAGCCGGAACUGAGGGCUGCUUUUCAAGAAUGCCCCCAGGACGAACACAACAAAAAAGUCGCCAAGGCCGUGAAGUGCGUCAUCGAUCACCUCGAGACGUCCUGCCCUGUACCUGCUGGUGAGGACAGGGAGUAAAGACUGACAUCGUUGUGACGUCAGACAGCCCACUGGAUAAUCACUACACAUUGAGUGACCAGUAAGCUCGUGUUCUGGUGCUUGCUAUUAUCUUUAAUACCACGAGGGCGAAGAGAAGAAACGUUCUACCAGAGUUUAUCAAACCGAACAAACAGCACUGCGAGUUUUGUGAAUGCAAAUAAAUAAAUUCUACCUACAGACUGC